UCUCAGGGAGACAUCAGUGUAACGUGAGAGAAUCGGAGCCGUUAGUAACCGGGGGGCAGAAUGAGAGGAGUCGUGUCUCUGUUUGGGUUUCUCAUCUUUACUGCAGAGUCCGGGAACGGUGGGAACCAGUGGGCGUUCCAGGUGCCCAAAGAAGUCACAGGGGAAGUGGGCAAAUCGGCCACGUUGCCCUGUUGGUUCAGCUCCCCGCACAGCCGGAGUCACGACGGGGCACUAACUGCCAUCUGGAGGGUCGGUCGGCCGUACGACGGGGAGGUGGUGUUCAAAUGUGUGAGUUCCAACAGCAGCGCCCCCUGCAGGCCCACGACCAAUUACAUGAACAAGUUCAUCCUGCUGGGAAACCCUCGUCAUAACAACCUCUCCGUCAGCAUCGGGAACCUCACGUGGGGGGACAGUACCAAGUACUACUGCCGGGUGGAGCUCUCCCCCGACCGGCACGAUAAGUAUGAGGCAAAGACUGGCACUCAGCUGCACCUGGCGGCUCCUCCCAGAAUCCUUAACAUGACAGUUGGGUUUGACGGCUCCCGGGGGUACCAUGCAGUUUGUGUUGCCGAGGGGGAACCAGUCCCUUCUCUGUACUGGGCCGACCCAUUAGAUAGGAACCAAGACACAAGGCUAACUGGGCCCAUGUUGAAGCACCAAGUGGCCACGGAGUUACAUUAUCUGACGCGAGACGGCAAGUACACGUGUGUGGCCACAAACAGCCACGGGAGAGUCGAGGCCUCUGUCUAUUUCUACAAGUUCAAAUCGGGGGGCAACAACAAUCUGCCCCUGGGGCUGCUGUGGGCGGCUCUGGCACUCAAGCUAAUGCUGCUGCUGGGGUUGCUGUGCGUAGCAACCUGCUAUAGGAACGGUAAUAAGAAGCAGCGGUUGGAGCUACACGGGAGAGCGCAGGAAUCCACAUAUGAAAAUUAUGAAGCAGGAGGUCAUUAACGUGACACCCAGAGGUCUCUGCUCAGUCCCAC